AUGCCCUCCCCGUCCCGUCCCAUUGCUCGCCUCCUCCACCUACGCCGUCUGUCAAUCUCCCCCCGAGAUCACCUCCUCCUCCGCUUCGUCGCCCUCGCGAAGGUGCUCUCCGAGCAGCCCCCACCCCCGCCUCUUCCGACACGGCCGCGGUCGCCACACCCGUACGACUACAACCGCCUCAUGUCCGCUUACGCCGCUUCCGGCGGACGAGACGGCCCAGGCGCAGGCGCCGACCGCGCCCUCCACCUGCUCGACGAAAUGCGGAGCCUCCUUGGGCGCCGCCCCGACACCGCCUGCUUCACCACGGCCGCCGCGGCGCUCUCUUCGGCGUCCCAGCCUGGCGCCGCGCUCGCCGUGCUCAACGCCAUGGCCGCGGACGGUGUCGCACCCGACGCUGCCGCGUGCACGGUGCUCGUCGGGGUGUACGCAUGCCGUCUCCGGUGGUUCGAUGCAGCCUACGAAGUCGUGCGGUGGAUGGCGGCGAAUGGCGUGGCCCCGGACGUGGUCACCUACUCGACGCUGAUCUCUGGGCUGUCCAGUGCCGGCCGGCUGGUUGAAGCGCUGGGCGUACUUGACUUGAUGCUUGAGGAAGGUUGCCAACCCAAUGCUUACACGUACACUCCCAUUGUGCACGCCUACUGCGUGAGUGGAAUGAUACAUGAAGCCAAGGAGCUCUUGGAAACGAUGAUAGCAGCUGGAUUUGCACCAAGCACAGCCACUUAUAAUGUCUUGGUUGAAGCUUUAUGCAAGGCUGGCGCUUUCAAGGAAGUAGAUGUGCUUCUUGAGGAGAGCAGAGUGAAAGGGUGGACGCCGGAUACAAUCACAUACAGUACAUACAUGGAUGGGCUAUGCAAAGCUGGCAGAGUAGAUAAGAGCUUCACCUUGGUAGAUAAGAUGCUGUCAGAGGGGUUGCGCCCCAAUGAGAUUACUCUGAAUAUCCUCCUAGAUGGGGUUUGCCGCAGGUCAACUGCUUUGGCUGCAAAGUGCCUCUUGGAGUGCAGUGCAGAAAUUGGAUGGCAUGUCAAUGUUGUCAACUAUAACACUGUGAUGAGGAGGCUUUGCGAUGAGCGGGAAUGGUUGUCUGUUAUCAAGCUCUUUGGUGACAUGGUUAAAAAAGGCAUGGCUCCCAAUAGCUGGACUUUCAGCAUUGUGGUCCACAGUCUCUGUAAACUUGGGAAGCUUCGUGAAGCUCUUUGCUUGCUUGGAAGUGAGGAGUUUGUCGCUGAUGUUGUGGCAUACAAUACUUUGAUCCGUCAUCUCAGUUUCUUAGGGAAAACUUAUGAGGCCUGCCUUGUGCUUCAUGAGAUGAUUGAUAAAGGCAUUACUCCAAAUGACAUCACUGACAGCCUUGUGGAUCAGAAUUAA